CUGGCAUCCUACGCAAGUCCACCGUUGUCCCCCCAGCAUUGGGCCGAUCUCGACCCACGCAGGUCUGUGUGGGACAGCCUCAUGGAUGGCGACCAACGCAUGAAGCAGCAUGAGAGGUCGAUGGCACGGGCAGGCAAUGGCCGCCGUGCUACCGAUCGUUUCGAGGCCAUGCCUCGCGGUGACCCAAGCAUGUCGCAGGGCCCGGAUCGAGCUCCGUUGUCCUAUGACUACGGCUAUCCAGGCGGCUCCUUCCACGGCUCCCUGCAGGAGAAUGAGAUGCAGAGCUACGGUGAGUUCGUGCGGUCUCGCCCGACCCAUCCACAGCAGCCCAUGCCGUCUCCAUCCACCAGCCGGCGGCGGCCACCAGACACGUUCGUGCCGUAUGAGUCGGCGAUGCUGUACGGCUUUGGUCAGCAGGGUCCAGCGCCAGGAUCUUUCGACGCUGUUCCACAGUACCCGACACGGCAGUCUGCAGUGAUUGAAGCCCUGUCGAACCCAUUUGCCGUACCGCAGUAUUUCACCCCGGACGAAUCCACAGCCCCGGGAGUUGCUGGCCUCUCACCUUACCUGAAUGCGCCGCUGCCAUAUAAUCAACCGGGACCCAUGCCACGCCCGAACACCUCGCACUCUUUCCCCGCGACCAUGGCUGAGUUCACGUCCAUCGGACUGUCUGGCCGAUUGGAUCCGCCAUCCCAGCCCGAGGCCCCGGCCGAUUCCUCCAGUUUGGAGGAAGCGUACGCCCAGUACCAGCGGGCUCUCCGCAGCACCUUCGACCAUACGCGUGCCGGACGAUUGGUGGAAGCGAGCCGAUCACUGCUGGAAAUUUCCGAGUGGCUUGUGACUAACGCCCGGGAUCUGGGAAUUCUGCGCGACGAUCACUUGCUCUACCCCGACCGACUGGCGCUUUGGAAUGACUUCAAUCUGUGCUGGCUGGCCGUCUGCCAGAGACAAAAGGAUCUCACGCAGGAUCUAGCGGCCUCCCAACAGCCCGGGCAGGGGACUCUCUUGAGUCGAGAUCGACUCGAAGCCAUGGGUAAGGAUCUCAUUCAGUUUUGCGACCAACUCGAGCAGCACGGCCUGGUGGACUACCAGAUGGGCAUCUGGGAGGAAGAGAUUCUAUCUGUUCUCGGUCAAUGUCUGGAUCUCAUGGAGAGCAGACCGGACCUACUCCGGCUCCAGGCGGUCCCUGAACCCGCCACGACAGUGCCGCGUCCAUGA